AUGCCCCCGACGCAAACCGCGAUCGUCGGCAUGCCCUCCGGGUUUCUCGGAAUCAGCCAUGAGACCAAGGUCCCAGAAUUGGAGGACGAUAUGAUCCUUGUGCGGAACGAAGCAGUGGGAUUGAAUCCGAUCGACACCAAGCUUGUGGGAAAGCUGUUCACUGUUAAUGCCAUCGCCGGCAUGGACUUUGCCGGCACGAUUGUGGCUCUAGGGAGCAAAGUGACGACUGCGGCCGACCUCCAAGUUGGGGACCGCGUCUGUGGGGCGGUGAUGGGUAUGCACUCCUUGACCCCUACGGUGGGCGCCUUCGCGCAAUAUGUAGGCGCCAGUGAUGUCGUGACCCUCAAAAUCCCCCCUGACAUGUCUUUCGAAGCUGGCGCCUCGAUGGGCACUGCCAUCGGGACCAUCGGGCUGGCCCUCUUCACGUCGCUCGCCCUUCCCGGCAGUCCACUGCAUCCGGUCCAGACUCCCAUGACCGUGUUGGUGUAUGGUGGGAGUACAGCCACGGGGACGAUGGCCAUCCAAAUCUUGAAACUAUCCGGGUAUCGGCCCAUCGCGACGUGCUCGCCGCGGAACUUCAAUCUGGUUCGGUCGUACGGGGCUGACGCGGUGUUCGAUUACAAGGCGCCUCACUGUGUCACAGAUAUCCGGGCGUCGACCAAGAACGGGCUCAAGUAUGUCUUGGACUGCAUCUCCGAGCCCGAGACUAUGGCGUUCUGCUACAAGUGCCUGGGCCGGUCGGGCGGCAAGUAUACUGGGCUGGAACCCUACCCGGCAUCUCUGCAUACACGCCCCACGGUCCAGCCGGAUUGGGUGCUGGGGCCGACGCUGCUGGGAAAGCCUAUCGGGUGGGCAGCGCCCUUUGCCCGGGAGGGAUGUUCGGAAACGCGAAGGUUCGCACUUGAAUGGUUUACGAUUGCCCAGAAGCUCUUGGAUGAGGGCCUCUUGAAGACGCAUCCCAUUCAGCGCAUGGAAGGGGGCUUCGAGGGAGUUUUGGCGGGACUGGAGCUCCUACGUUCAAAAAAGGUCUCCGGUAAGAAGCUGGUUUAUACCGUUUCCUCCAACAAAGGAAUUUACGGUCUGGUAUAUAUGCUCAGUCACACUGUGGUCCUUAGGGAGCAGGAAAGUGCCACCAUCCUGCUACAGGCAAAAGAAAAACAGCUAGUUCCAUUCAAUAUGACAUCUGUGCCUCAUCCUGAGCCCAUCGCCAUUGUGGGCAUGGGGUGCCGCUUCCCUGGCGAGUCAAGCUCGCCGUCCAAAUUUUGGGAUCUUCUGCACGAUCCGCGAGAUGUCUCGCAGGAGAUUCCGGGCGAUCGCUUCAACUCGCAGAGGUUCUAUCAUGCGGAUGGGAAACAUCACGGAACUACCAAUGUUCGACGGUCCUACUUUCUCUCUGAGGACAUCCGCCAUUUUGAUACCCAAUUCUUUGGUAUCGCCCCAGCCGAAGCCGAAGCGAUGGACCCCCAGCAUCGUCUGCUACUGGAGGUUGUAUAUGAAGCCUUGGAGUCUUCCGGAACGUCAAUCGCCAAGCUUACCGAUUCCGACACCGCAGUAUAUGUCGGCCUGAUGUGCAGCGAUUACUAUGUUCUACAAGCCCAUGACUUGAACACGAUUCCGACAUAUAACGCGACAGGGGUAGCCAACAGCAACGCCUCUAGCCGGAUCUCCUACUUUUUUGACUGGCACGGGCCAUCUAUGACGAUUGAUACUGCGUGUUCCUCGAGUCUCGUCGCUCUUCACGAAGCGGUCCAGACGUUGCGCUCCAAGCGUUCUCGGGUUGCCUUCGCUGCGGGGACCAAUCUCCUGUUAUCGCCUCUGCCCUACGUUUCGGAAAGUAAACUCAACAUGCUGUCCCCGACAGGCCGUUCGCGCAUGUGGGACGCGGAUGCGGAUGGGUAUGCCCGUGGAGAAGGUGUUGCCGCAGUCAUGCUCAAGUCUCUCAGCGCCGCAAUCCAGGACGGGGACCGGAUCGAGGGUGUGAUCCGCGAGACGGGCGUCAAUCAGGAUGGCCGCACCAAAGGGAUCACGAUGCCCAGCGCCGUCGCGCAGGCCGCGCUCAUCAGAGACACGUAUGCCCGCGCCGGCCUGGAUCCAACUAAGCCACAAGAUCGCUGUCAGUAUUUCGAAGCCCACGGCACGGGCACACCCGCCGGUGACCCCCAGGAGGCUGAGGCCCUGAGCCAAGCCUUUUACUCGGGGGCAGAGAGGGUGGAGAGCGACAAUCCGCAGUCUGCCAUGCUGGUCGGCUCGGUGAAGACGGUGAUCGGCCACACGGAGGGGACGGCUGGCCUUGCGGGGCUCAUCAAAGUGUGCUUGGCCCUGAAGCACGGCGUUGUGCCACCGAACAUGCUCUUCAGUCGCCUCAACCCCGCAUUGGAGCCCUUUGUGGCGAAUCUGCGUAUCCCGACGAGGCCUCAAGCCUGGCCCGCUCUGCCGGAUACGCAUCCCCGGAGAGCCAGUGUGAACAGCUUCGGGUUUGGUGGGACGAAUGCACAUGCUAUCCUCGAGAACUAUGAAGAGAUACGCCCUAAAUGUCUUGACAGAGCACCAACUACGCAUGACCAACCAGCCGUUUCCGUCAUUCCACACGCUUUCUCUGCUGCGUCCAAGGGCUCUCUUCUAGCCCUUUUGAGAUCGUAUCUGUCUUAUCUCGAGCGGAACGCGGAGGUCGAUCUGAAGAACCUUGCUCACACCUUGAUCACGAAAAGGUCAUCUCUGGGAGUCAGAGUUGCAUUAGCAGCGACAACUCAAAAUCAGCUGCGGGAGGGGAUCAGUUCAGUACUGCAGCAGGCUGCAGAGGGAAAUGAUAGCUCUCUUGGAUCGUACUCCUCCGCUCGCAAACCUUCUAUCCUUGGUGUCUUCACUGGACAGGGCGCACAGUGGGCCGCGAUGGGAAAGCAACUUAUCAACCGCGUGCCAAGGGCUAUGGCAUUGGUAGAGAGAUUGGACAGAUCACUCGGUGCUUUGCCGGAAGAAUACAUGCCACGGUGGAGCUUGGUCAGGGAGCUCUUGGUGGAUGGGAGCUCCCGCGUCCAACAAGCAGAGAUAUCGCAACCGCUCUGCACGGCAGUGCAGGUCUUACUUGUGGACCUGCUUUCCGCUGCUGGGAUUAGGUUCAGUGCGGUUGUCGGUCACUCGUCAGGCGAGAUUACCGCUGCGUAUGCCGCGGGCUUCAUCUCUGCGGACGACGCCAUCCGCAUAGCUUACCUCCGGGGUCAUUUUGCAAAGUCGGCUUGUGGACCUAACGGAGAAAACGGCAGGAUGAUGGCAGUUGGGACUUCAAUCGCUGACGCAAAGGAUCUCUGCGAUCUAGACGACUUUCGAGGGCGGAUUUGUAUUGCCGCUCAUAAUUCGCCGGAUAGUGUGACACUUUCGGGCGACGAGGAGGCCAUUCAUCAUGCUAAAAAGGUUUUCGACGAGGAAGGAAAAUUUACUCGAAUCUUGAAGGUUGACACUGCAUAUCACUCACACCAUUUGAGCUCGGUCAAGGAGGCCUACCUUGCUGCUUUGCAGGAUCAACAAAUACAGAUCUAUGCCCCCAAUGCGGAUGCUCCACAGUGGUACUCCAGUGUGCAUGCAGGCCACGUGGUCAAUAUCCAUGAUAAACUAGAGGAUAAGUAUUGGGUUGAGAACAUGCGAAAUACUGUUCAAUUUGCGACCGCCGUCGAAAAAUGUGUGGAGGGCUUUUCUCAGAAGUCUCUGGACUACAUUGUCGAGGUUGGCCCUCAUCCCGCCUUGAUGGGACCAGUCAGAGAAACAAUCCGGCAAACAACCGGGAAAGACGUGCCUUAUACAGGUACAUUGCGACGCGGUAUGGAUGACAUAAUCGCAUAUCAAACUAUCCUUGCAUCCUUGUGGACAGCAUUUGGUGAUCAUGCAGUGGACCUGGCAGGAUUAGAGCAGGAAAUCUACCAGCCGGACAGUUUCCAGAACCUGGAAGACCUACCUCAGUACGCAUGGAGCCAUGAUCGUUUGCUCUGGGCCGAAUCGCGCUCGACCAAGCUCUUCCGUACCCUACCUGGUGGCUUUCACGACCUGCUGGGUGUCCGCACCGAAGACAGCACCGAGAAUGAAUGGAGGUGGCGGAACGUGCUCAAAACCCAGGAGCUACCAUGGCUUUCUUGCCAUGCUCUGCAAGGGCAAACAGUCUUCCCUGGAACUGGGUAUAUUGCUCUUGCCAUGGAGGCUGCCUUGCAGAUUGCGCAGGACCGCCAGGUCCAGCUGAUUGAGCUCCGUGAUCUGAAGAUCCGAAAGGCGAUUGCGAUCAACGAUCACCUCGGGACGGACCUCGUAGUGACCCUGACCAACAUUUCCAGGGCACCAGAAGGAGAGGACGACGUUAUUGAGGCCAGAUACAACACAUACUCCGCGAGCAACAAGGACUCGGCCUCGAUGACGUUGAACACCUCGGGCGACGUCCGUAUCAUUCUCGGCAGCCCGCAAACUGAUCUUUUCCCGCCACGAACUCCGCCCAAAGCACCUUUGUCGGCCCUGGAUAUCGACCGUUUCUACUCGGCCAUGCGGAAUGACCUAGGAUACAUGUAUGAUGGUCCAUUCCGGGGGUUGACGAAGCUGGCACGUCGCCUAGGGCAUUCAAGCGGUGCGAUUACCAACCCAUGCACGGGCCCCGAUGAGACCCAGCUUCUCUUCCAUCCCGGAAUGCUGGAUAAUGCUCUUCAAGGCCUCUUUGCUGCGUAUAGUGCCCCGGGUGACGGGCGCUUAUGGUCAAUGCGCGCGCCAACUGCAUGUCGACGGAUCACGCUCAAUCCAUCACGGUGCGGACCGCACAUGACUUCGGAGGUGGCAUUUGAUUGCACGGUGACUGAUCCUCGGGAUGAUUUCAUCACGGGGGAUGUGGAUGUCUAUUCUGCCGAUUUUGACAGCAAGAUCAUCGAGUUUGAAGGACUGAGUUUCUCCCCCUUCGCAGCGGCCAGUGAGCAGAACGAUCGCUGUCUUUUCCAACAAUGUGUCGAAUACGUCGACCAACCCGACGGCGGGUUGGUUUUGGGGGAUAGGCAGCCAAGCGCACCGGAGCGACAAAAGGCGUUGGACGCUGAACGCGUAGCGUUCUACUAUCUGAAGAGCCUUCAUCAGGCUGUCGAUCUGGACCUGCGCCUGGAUUUGCCUUGGUACCGCCAGUCCCUCCUCGACAAUGCCUCGAGGGUCGUUGGUCUUGUUCGCGACGGCGCUCAUCCUUAUGCUCCACAGUCAUGGUUGAAUGAUAGUGAAGACGAUAUCCAGGCGAUAAUAAGAGGAUACGGCGAGCAAGACCCUGACUUCAAUCUCACGAGGGCUGUCGGAGAGAACCUUCCGCGCCCAUCCGUGCUUACAGGCGAGACCAACAUUCUCGAGUACAUGACGCAGAACAAUUAUUUGGACAAUUACUAUACGCAUGCUAUCGGAUUUGACUGGCUGAACGAGUUGAUCUCCGGAACAAUACUCCAGCUGACAUGCAAGUUCCCUCACAUGAAGAUUUGCGAGAUUGGUGCUGGCACGGGCGGUGCCACACAAGCGAUCCUAGAAAAGGUGGGCGACGCGUUUGCAUCAUAUACGUAUACCGACAUCUCGAGUGGCUUCUUCGAAAAGGCGCAGAGCAGGUUUCAGAGGUUCAGCAGCCGCCUAAACUACAAGGUCCUGGACAUAGAGCGCGACCCGACAACUCAGGGAUUCGAAGAACACUCUUACGAUCUGGUGCUGGCUGCCAACGUUCUUCACGCUACUGCCUGCUUGGAGCACACCCUCCACAAUGUUCGAAAGCUCCUCCGGCCCGGCGGGUUCUUGGUUCUCAUGGAAAUCGUCGGGAACGAUGUUUUCCGCAUUGGAUUGGUGAUGGGUGGACUGCCCGGAUGGUGGGUGGGCAAAGACGAUGGCCGACGCUAUGCGCCGACGGUCACGCUCGAGCAGUGGGACUCGCUCUUCCGGACCACGGAGUUCUCUGGCAUCGAGACUUACACCCCUAUGCCCGACAAGGUCCAGAUGCCUGGAUCGGUGUUCGUGACGCAGGCGGUCGACGCCACUCUGAGCAAACUUCGAGAACCCCAGCAUUUUCCACGGACUUCCGCUGCGUCGAGCGACCUGGUGAUUUUGGGCGGCUCGCGCGACAGCACCUCCCGCCUUGUUCAGGUCUUGGUGCCGCUUCUAGAGCCAUUUUUCAAACAUGUUAUUACAAUCCGGGAUUUGAAACACCUUCCGACUAUACCACCAAGGGCCUUCGCAUUGAGCCUCCUGGACUGUGAUGGCUUGCUUUUUGAAAGGCUGGAUGAACCACUUUGGCAGAGCUUCAAGACCCUGGUUUUGUCUCUAUCUGGCCUAUUGUGGGUGACCACUGGCAGUCGCCUGGAGAGGCCUUACGCCGGAAUUGCCCUUGGUCUGCUGCGCUCUCUCGUAUACGAAAUACCAGAAACCAAGAUUCAAUCUUUGGACGUUGACGAUGUGUCAGAUGAAGGGACUUCAGCAGUCAUCGCACGGCUCCUGCUCCAGAUGCAGUUCCAUUCCGCAAUGCCGAAGGAGAAGCAGGAGGCGAUCCUUUGGACUCCAGAGCCAGAAUUGAUCCUUGCCAAGAACAGGCUGCACAUGGUUCGUGUGCAACCUCAGGCCGAGCAGAAUGACCGAUACAAUUCGUUCCGUCGACCGAUUAUGAGAGAAACUACCCUGGGAACCAAUGAUCUCCGGCUUGAAUAUGAUGGGGGCGCCUACGUGCUUCGGGAGAAGCACGAUGCUCCCGAGCCUCACAAAGACUACCGUACGGUUCAGGUCGAGUAUUCGCUUCUCUCUGCAAUCAAAGCCAAUGAUGGCUAUUACUUCCUGUGCCUUGGAAUCUGCCAGGGUACAUGCGAGAAGGUUCUGUGCUUGUCCACCGAUAAUUCCUCCAUUGUCACUGUGCCGCAGUCAAUGCUGGUCACCGUAGACAACAACGACCUUAUCGACGCGCAAUUCAUGUCGUUUGUGGUUGCUGAUCUUGUUCGCCAGCAUAUCCUGAGAUUGAGGCCCGCUGCGGGUACACUGCUCAUUCACGAGCCCGACCCUGGCCUUGCGUCUUUGCUGUCUGGUCGAACGGUUGUCGAGGGUCAGUCGAUUGUGUUCACAACAUGCAAGCCAAGUAAUGCGAAGAGAAGAAACUGGAUCUAUGUACACGAAAGAACUCCUGCGCGCAUUAUUGAUGCACUUAUUCCGCGCGACGUUGCGUUGAUUAUCGAUCUAUCUUCCACUGCUGCGUCCAAGUAUGGACUUGGGACCAGAAUUGCCUCAUUGCGACCUCAGGCCGGCCAGAAACUUGGCUUUUCUAAUCUUGUCCGCAGCACGGCAUCACCAAUGUCAAUUCCUGUCCCUGAGAGCGUUGGGCUGCUUCUUGAACGAGUCUCGGCGUUUGAACAGUCCCAACUGAAUGGAGUUCCAGACGGUGCGCCACUCGACACUCUCACUGUUGGAGAAGCCGUGACAAAGCAGCCCUCAGAGUCAAGCCUAGUGUUGAUUCAAUGGGACCCACAUCAGUCCGUUUCGGUCUUAGUGGAGCCAAUCACCGUGAGGAAUGACCUCUUCCAGGGUGAUAGGACCUACUGGUUGGCGGGCCUGGCGGGAGACAUGGGGCAGUCCCUGGCUGAUUUCAUGAUCCAACGCGGUGCGAGGCACAUCGCUCUCAGUAGCCGCAACCCGAUAGUCUGCCCUGAAUGGCAGAAGUUGUGUCAAGCCCGUGGAGCGCACAUCGAGUACUUUACAUGUGACCUGACCCGGUAUGCGUCAGUUCAAUCGACACUCAGCGCGAUCGAAAGCAAGAUGCCCCGGAUUGCCGGCGUUGCUAAUGGUGCCCUUGUGCUUCGCGACACUCCCGUGGCGACGAUGUCCUUCGAUGACCUCCACACGGUCCUGAAACCCAAGGUGGACGGCACCGUGAAUCUCGACAGCGCGUUCGCGGACCAUGCGCUGGACUGGUUCAUCGCCUUCUCGUCGAUCGUCGGGACGACCGGCAACAUGGGCCAGGCGGCCUACUCGGCGGCCAACUGUUUCAUGAAGGCGCUGGUGAACAACCGGCGCCGCCGCGGCCUCGCCGGGUCGGUCAUCGAUAUCUCCCGGGUCAUCGGGGUCGGCUACGUGGAACGUGAGACCAAGAGCGAAGGACGACUGACCAAGGAGCAAACGGAGCGGCUCAUGAACCGCACCGGCACCAUCCCCAUGUCCGAGCCGGAUUUGCAUCAGCUGUUCGCAGAGGCGGUGGUUGCCGGCCUACCGGGGACGGCGCCCGGCUCGGAGCUCAUCACGGGCCUGGCGCCCAUUGGGAUGGCGCAGGCGGAAACCGCCUUCUGGGCCGCCAACCCUAAGUUUGGACUCUUGGUGCGCGACCAAACCACCUCCUCAACUGUCUCCACGCUCGGCGAGAAUGGGCGCUCCAUUGCCCAGGUUCCCGUCUGGAUUCAGCUGCAGGAUGCUACCUCGCCGCAGGAGGUGUCGACCCUUAUCCAAGUUGCCUUGGGAAGUAAACUGCGGGCUUCGCUCUUUCUGUCGGCGACUGACCCAUUAUCUCCGGAGACACCUCUGGUCGACCUCGGCAUCGACUCUCUGGUCGCCGUCGAAGUCCGCACCUGGGCCGCCAAGGAGCUGUCGGUGGACUUGCCCGUACUCAAGAUCCUGGGCGGCGCUUCGAUCCUGGACCUGGUGACGGAUAUCCUAGGGAAGCUUCCAGGGGACCUGCUAGCUAACGCUACUGCUACGGUUUCAGACGCUUCGGGUCCGAACUUCCCGGAGCGGGGUGGCCGUGAGUCCCCGCUAGCUGAUUUAUCCCUGUCUGCCUCGUAUGAUCUGGUUUCGAUGCAAAGCCCGCCUACCACUGUGCAAGACUCGGAUUGCUCGGAUCAUGAUGGGCUGAAGAGCUCCGGAUGAGAGAUGCUGACCCGGGGGGAAGGAAGUUUCGAAGUCCAGCCUUGGCUGGCUCUGAGCUUAUCACAUGUACUGUAAUAUAUGAAUCAAUGUUUUCCGUUGCGCUGCUGCACGCUGUAAGCGUCUUUUAUCGUUGAGGUCUAGUGCGUUAAUACAAGUGGUGUUGGAAUAAAACAAUUAUUGACAGUUCUACCCUUUCAGGGCCCAUGUUGUCCACCUGCUUUGCCCGUUUUGAUCCCUUUCCCAAGAUGAAAGGGCAAAGGAGCGGAAUUGCGGGC